AUGACACAUCCUCCGUGUCCUCCGCUCAACCUGACGGCACGGGCCGAGUGUGGAACCAACUCGGGAACGCUCACUUGGGCGGAAAGUAUCAACGCCGUCUCCUACACAGCUACAGCGACUGGUGCGCACGGCCACGUCGUGUCCUGCGCAUCCAACACAACAACCUGCCCAGUGAAGUUGGAUUGUGGAUGGAAGUACUCGGCGGUUGUGGUUGCUUCAAGUGAGACGUGCAACAGCAGCGCCGGAGGAUCCUUGACUUUUGACUCGGCUCCUUGUUUACCUGACAGCGUGGUAGCAGACCUGGACUGCAACGCCAACUCCUUUGCGGUUCGGUGGCGAGCGAGCAUCGCCGGAGCCAACGCCUACAGUGCGAUCGCCAUUGGCAGUGACGGCUCUCGUGCAACCUGCAACUCCAGUAACACAAACUGCACCAUCCGGAACCUGAAUUGUGGCCUCAACUACGGCGUCGUGGUCAAUACAGUAUCAGUCGACUGUGGCACCAUCCAGGGAUCCGACUACAUGAUGCAAUCAGCCCCUUGCAAACCAGAAGCGGUUAUGGUGGAUCUGCAGUGCAGCACUAACAUUGCGUUGGUGACCUGGGGAAACUCUGGGCCCGACCAGACCCAGGCGGUGUCAGCUGUUGACAGCAGAGGAAUGACCACCACGUGCAACUCCAGCAGUUCCAACUGCACCUUCGACCAGCUGACGUGCGGGGAGAGCUACGCCAUCAGCGUGGUCGGCCACACAGACAAGUGCAGCAGUGAACGAGCUGUUGCGGAAACGCUCCAAGCAGCUCCAUGUGUUCCCACCCACCUCACAGCACAAGUUCAAUGCCAGACUGGUAUCACCAUGGUUUCAUGGGACUCAGCGCGCGGUGCCAAAUCAUACACAGUCUAUGCUCGGGGCAAUCUCGGCCACAGUGCCGAAUGUAACAGCACGGACACCAGCUGUAACUCCCUUGACCUGGCGUGUGGGCAGGACUACGCCAUUACCGUGGUGGCUCGCCAUGACUCCUGUAUCAGUUCGGUCAGCGAGUCAGUCAACAUUACCCAAGUUCCUUGUCCCCACAGCGAUGUGCAGGCUUCUCUGGACUGUGACUCCAACGCGGCUGUGGUGUCUUGGACGCCCGGCAGAGGCAUCCGCGAAUACUCCGCCUCCGCGGAUGCCUUUGGCAUCUUGCACAAGCAGGACUGCUCCACCAACGGCUCCUCCUGCAACAUCAGCUCUCUGCGCUGUGGGCAGAGGUACAGAGUGAGCGUCAGUGGACAGGGAGUGAACUGCCCCAGUCCAACAGAGAACUGGCUGCCAAUCACUACAGCGCCGUGUCCUCCGACCCAACUGAGGGUCGACUCUUCCUGUGAAUCAAACAACAUCUCAGUGUCGUGGGAGGCUUCGCUGGGCUCGGCCUCCUACGUGGCCGUGGCCAAGGAUGCACAAGGCCGCCACUGGUCAUGUAACACCAGCAGCACCACCUGCCAGAUGUCCGGUCUGCUCUGUGGACAGCAGUACCAGGUCUACGUCGCUGGUAUGGAUGGAACGUGCAUUGGAGCCAAGAGCGAUGUCAAAGUAUUUAAUACAGCCCCGUGUGUGCCGCAGAACGUACAGAACGGCCUCAACUGCUGGUCUGGUGUUCUCAACGUUACCUGGCAGUCGACCGGAAACGUUUCCUCGUUCCGCGUCUCCGUAGAGAGCAGCGAAGGUCGCGUCAGCAUCUGCGAGACGAAUAAGCUUCACUGCGUAGUGGACAACAUGCAGUGCGGUCUGACCUACAACGUGUCAGUGGUGGCCCAGGAUGAGACCUGCAACAGCUCCCAUAGCCCCAGAAAGCAGGUCCUUACAGCUCCUUGUCCUCCCCAGACCUUCUCACCCAUUAUCAACUGUGCCACCGGUGUUGUAUCGGUGACGUGGAACAGCAGCGCGGCGGGGGUCGUGUACGCGGUGUCUGCGGGCGGCGCCACAGGUCGCCUGCGCAACUGCAGCGGCACAAACCCCGGCUGUAGCCUUGGCACGCUAGAGUGUGGGACAGAGUACAACGUCACCAUCACGCCAUCCAGAAACGGCUGUGUGGGCAGAGACAGCGCCACAAAACUCAUCAAGACAGUUCCCUGUGUACCUCGCUUGAUUGAUGUGGAGAUCGACUGCCUGGUAAACUCAGCCUGGGUGAUGUAUGAGGAGUCUGCAGGGGCGGAGGAGUACACGGUCAUGGCGAACAACAGCCAGGGUGACGUCCGUACAUUUCAGUGUAACUCUACGUCAGACGGGACGUGCCCUCUUCCCCCACUGGUGUGCAGUCAAAACCUCACCUUCACCAUGACGGCACAAAACUGGCAGUGUCCCAGUGCACCAAGCAAUGCGGUCGUGACAGAGACUGCUCCUUGUCCUCCUGGGAAUGUAAAAAAAACUGUGGGCUGCGACAAUCACACAGUCGACAUCUCCUGGUCCGCCACACCUGGAGCCGUGGCGUACACGGCCACGCUGGAGGCGAUUGGCGGAAGCCAAUUUUGCUGCACCACUUCGGGCACCGGCUGUGACAUCACCGAUCUGCCGUGCGGAGAAAUGUACAUUUUGGUUGUUGUGGCUGAGGGCCGAACGUGCAACAGCUCCCAGAGCGAGGGGGAAGUCACCAUGAUGGUGCCAUGCGUUCCUCAGAACCUCAAAGCCAAUCUGAGCUGCAGCAACAACGUGGCCUCCAUGUCCUGGGACCUCAGCUGGGGAGGACAGUAUUACACAGUGAGGGCUGUGGGUGCAGACGGCCACGAGCACGUGUGCAGCUCCAACACGGACCAGUGUGACAUGACGGGUCUGCACUGUGGACAGUAUUACACCGCUUCUGUGGUGGCAGAGGACACAGCCUGCCAGAGCAAAGCCAGCGACAGUGUGGCGGUCAAGACUGGGCCGUGCACUCCUGCAAACGUCUCCUCUGUGGUGGACUGUGGGGGCAAUACUCUGAUUACUUCCUGGUCUGAGAGCUCAGGAGCCGACUCGUACAUCGCUACAGUGCAGGACAGUUACGGUCAGAUCACAACCUGCCAGGGCACAACCAGGGGCUCCUGCAAUGUGACAGGACUCGGCUGCGGUCAGAUCUACCACGUCUCCGUGGUGUCCUCAGAUGGAUACUGCAGCAGCCCGCCCACCCCUGUGGUGGUCACACCUUCAGUUCCCUGCGAGGCGAGACUUAUCGAGACAGUGGUGGACUGCUACAGGCAGAUGGCGGUGGUGACGUGGUAUCCAAGCGGUGGAGCCAUGUCAUACAUUGCCACGGCCACCACCGCGUCGGGCGUCAACGUCACCUGUGAGGCCAACAACACCACCCACUGUGAUCUGGAAGGGCUGCUUUGUGGCCACAGCUACUCCGUCUCGGUGAAAGCUAGAGGACAGACCUGCGGCAGCAUCGCUCACAUGACGGAACUCCUGGUCACUGAGCCGUGCAUCCCCGGGUACAUUGUCACUCAGUACAGCAUGACUAUCGGCCAGGUGCAGUGGGACAUGACCGCUGGUGCCGAUUACUAUACAGUUGACGGGGUAACGCCGCAGGGCCUGAGGGUCUCCUGCAACACGACGGACACCUACUGUGCAUUGUACAACAUGGGAUGUAGCCAGAUGUACACCAUUAACGUCACUGCCAACAAUCCUGUGUGUCGAGGCGGGUCCACCUCCACCGAGUCAGUCACAAUCAUGACAGAGCCUUGCCCGCCCAACAACGUGCAGACCGAUGUGCAGUGCCACAACGGCAUGGCAAUUGUGACGUGGGAGGCCAGUUUCGGUGCAGUGGGCUACGGGGCCCUUCUGGCUGGGCGUGAUGGCCACAGCCUGUCCUGUUACACCAACAACACUUUCUGCAACAUAAAAGGCCUCCACUGCGGAGUCACCUACUUCACAAAGGUCAUUGCCAUUGGAGAAACACUCAACAGUAGCGACUCCAACACUGUCCUGCUGCUCUCAGCUCCCUGUGCAGCGGACAAUUUGGCUACGGAUUUGGAUUGCUACAACAAAACGGCCAGAGUCUCAUGGAGCCCAGCCAAUGGCGGAAUCUCCUACGCGCUGACAGCAGUCGGAGAGGAUGGUCACCGGGCUUCAUGUGAGACGGCCGAGCAGCAGUGUGAAUUGAGCGAUCUGCGGUGCGGUCUGAAGUACAACGUUAGUCUGACGGUGAUCGCCGAUGGUUGUGAGACUGAGACACCCACCAACGUCACCUUCAGCACAUGGCCCUGCCAACCUCUGCAGGUUGGAGUGGACCUGCAGUCUGGGACGAGAACGGCCGUUAUGUACUGGGAGCAGAUGGAGGGAGUGCAGCUCUACGUGGCCACUGCCACCAGCGGCAAGGGAAUGACGCUGCAGUGCAACUCCACCAACUCCACCUGCCAGAUGUCCAACUUGUACUGCGGGACAUCCUACAACUUCUCUGUGACUGCAUUCAGUGAGAUGUGCUUCAGUGAAAUCAGCAGCACUGUGGCCAUUCAGACAGGACCCUGCCAGCCAACUGGCCUCACGGUCAGUGGGUCAUGUGACAACAAGACAGUGGUGUUGGGUUGGUCGGCAGCUGCAGGCGCAUCAGCGUACGUGGUGACCGCCGCGGGAGACCUGGGAUACGUCACAUCUCUCCAAACCGUGGAGACAAGCGCAAAGGCUGAGCUGCCCUGCGGACAGCUGUUUACCUUCACUGUGAAAGCUCAGGGCGAUCAAUGCGACAGCGCCGUGAGCGGGCCUGCAUCCUUCAAGACGGGUCCCUGCGUGCCCGGGCACGUACAGAGCUUCGUUCAGUGUGAGAACAGCCUGGGCUCGGUCAGCUGGGGCAACAGCGACGGGGCCGAGUCCUACUUGGCCAUCGCAGUGGGACGGGACAACCACACCCACGUGUGCACCACCAACACCACCACCUGCACGUGGGACGACCUGCACUGUGGCGAGCGGUACACCGUGCACGUCGUCGCCAAUGACGACCUGUGCAGCAGCACGGCGAGCAACAGCACGUCAAUACAAAUGGGACCCUGUAUUCCUCAGAAUUUGAAAUCAUCUCUAAACUGCACCAUGAAGGUGGGAUCGCUGACCUGGGAUGCCAGUGACACUGCCGAGUUGUACAUUGUGACCGCGGAAACCACAGACCACAAAGUGCAGCUCAGCACCAACGAAACAUGGACCUUCCUCUCCGAGCUCCACUGCGGGCAGAAGUACUUCCUGUCUGUGCAGGCGCUCGACUCCGAGUGCAAGAGCCUCCCCAGUCAGCCGUUAAUGCUCCAGUCCGAGCCCUGCCCGCCCACCGCGGUCACCAGCUUCAUGAACUGCGUCUCCAACAUCGCGGUGGUCUCGUGGACUGGGUCGGCCGGGGCGGAGUUCUACACGGCUACGUUGACGCGAACAGACGGCCAAGCGCAAAACUGCUGGUCUGACAGCACUCAGUGUGGCAUGUCCGGGGUGGCGUGUGGACAGAACUACUCGGUGAUGGUCGUCGCCUCCAACGAGAAGUGUAACUCUGACCCCAUUGAGGGCGAGACGCUGCAGUCAGAGCCUUGUGUUCCUACUGGUGUGCAUGUGAAAAUAGACUGCUCCAAAAACCAGGUUCUCGUGUCCUGGAAUGCCAGCAAGGGCGCUUCGUCCUACAAAGUGACGGCGCAGAGCACUCAGGGAGCCAUGUCCUCCUGCGAGAGUGCACGCCUAAUGUGCACUCUGACCAACCUGACCUGCGGGCAGGUCUUCUCUGUCCAAGUGGUGGCGCAGAAUGACAUUUGCUCAAGUUUACCAAGCCCGGCUGCACAGUUCAAUUCAGUUCCCUGCACACCUAGGAUUGGCUCUGUGGUCCUCGACUGCUUCACCAACUCUGCCCUCUUGGACUGGGCCUAUGCCGCGGGCGCCCUGAACUACACCGCAACAGCUGGUUCUUCCAGCGGACACAUUUCCACCUGUACCUCCAACUUCACCAACUGCGAGCUGAAAGACCUGGAGUGCGGUCAGGCCUAUAAUGUGGUCGCAGUGGCCUCAAAUGAGGAGUGCAGCAGCCCGCCAAGCAUGCAGCUGCAGGUGGAGUCAGUGCCUUGUCCUCCCAAAAAUGUCUCGGCUGCAGUGGACUGCUCUACGAACACGGCCCACGUGGAGUGGCAGGCCAGCCGAGGGGCCGAUUCCUACAUCGUUCACGCCUUCGGCGUAGAAGAAGAUGAAUCUCACUGCGAGACGGACUCGCAGUCCUGCGUCCUCAGAGACCUCAUGUGUGGCUUCACCUACAACAUCAGUGUGUCCGCCGUCAACAGCGUGUGCAAUGUCUCGCGGAGUGACACCACACGGCUGCAAGCCGUGCCGUGUGUACCACAGCAGGUAAAGGCCCGGGUAGUUUGUGAGUCUGGCGAUGUGGCGGUCUCCUGGGAGCCAAGCAAAGGGGCAUCCUCAUACACCACCGUUGCCCAGGGCAACGCCGGCUACGCGCCUACGUGCAAUGGCAACGAGACAACGUGCCUGCUCGAAGACUUGCUGUGCGGCCAUAACUACUCCCUCACUGUUAGUGCUUCAGAUGGGACGUGCAGCAGCGCUGGAAGCUUUGCUGUGCAGCUUGACACAGCGCCGUGCACGCCACAGGGAGUAACAGCUGAGAUGGUAUGUAGUAACGACACGGGCGUAGUGUCAUGGGAAAUGGAGGAGGGUGUGUCCUCCUACAUGGUGGCAGCUUUUGGGCCCGAUGGUGACAAGAUCCAGUGCAACAGCACCGCAACCAGCUGCCAGCUACCCAACAUGCAUUGCGGCCAGCUCUACAACUUGACAUUGACAGCCAAGGAUGGACAAUGUGACAACAGCCACGCCUACCUCAACCUGCAGUCAGCGCCUUGCCGGCCGACCAACGUCAAGGCUGCCCUACGGCACCACUCAAACUCUGCUGCCGUGACAUGGGAGCAAGCGAGUGGGGCGCUCUCCUACCUUGCGGUGGGCGUGACAGCAGAUGGAAGCAACGAGACUCAAUGUAACAACACCACGACCUACUGCGAUCUGAGCGAGCUGCAGUGUGGAAAGACCUACAACGUGAGCGUGUUUGCUCAGGACGAGUCCUGUUCCAGUGUGCAGGGUGACGUGGCGUACGUGCGGACAGCCCCCUGUGCACCUCAGGAUGUGGCUGUUGAUGCACAGUGUGACAAUGGCGCCCUGGCCGUGUCCUGGUCACGCAACCCAGAUGCCCAGUACUUCCAUGUGGCGGCGGUGAGCAACACCGGGGCGAGACUCCACUGCAACUCCAGCGGCACUUCAUGCACCAUUCGGGACCUACCAUGUGGACAGCACUACAACGUUACUGCGCUAUCUGUGCGAGACGGCUGUGAGAGUACGCCAAGCGCUGUGGUGGAGACUUCCUCGGCCCCAUGUGUGCCCAGCAAUGCUCACGGCCGUCUGGACUGCAUAUCAAACUCUGCCUGGGUGACGUGGGACGUCUCCGAGGGAGCCCUCAGCUACUAUGCGAUGGCCCGAGAGGUCGGAGGUCACAACACCAGCUGCACAACCUCCUCCUCUCCCUGCGAUAUCCCAGAUCUGAAGUGUGGGACCCAUUACACCUUCUAUGUCGCUGCUGUCAACAAAUACUGCCGCAGUAAUCACAGCACCUUUGAGUUUCAGACAGGUCCUUGUGCUCUAGCAUCUAUUACUGCACGGACACAAUGCAACAGCAGCACAAUCGUGGUGGAAUGGGAGAUGAAGGGAGACACAACGCUCUACGUGGUGACCGCUGAGGGCGAUGACCACACCCUCAUUUCCUGUAACAGCUCCUCCAACUCCUGUGCGCUCCAGGACGUUAGCUGUGGCAUGCAGUAUAGCAUCAUAGUAUCAACCUCUUCUGAUAAGUGCAGCAGCCUCAGAAGCCCACCAAAGAAGAUCAAAACAGCGCCCUGCGUCCCAGACAACGUGGUAGUGGCAGCAUUGUGUGAGGGGAAUGGAGCCGCAGUGACGUGGGCACGCUCCCCUGUGGCUACAUCCUACCUGCUGACAGCCACUGGGAGGGACGGCCACGAAUCGAACUGCAGCACCUCCGAAAACAACUGCACCCUGACCGCUCUGCACUGCGGACAGACGUAUAACUUCAGCAUCACCGCCAUUGGAGACAACUGCACCAGCCAGCCCAGAACUUCAUCCUACAGAACAGUGCCCUGUGAGCCCUCUGCUCUCACAGUGGAUAUUGAUUGUAAAACCAACUCUGCCGAGCUGUCUUGGGGUGCCAGUGACGGCGCUGUGGAGUAUUUUGGCUGUGCUCAAUCGAUGGAUAGAGACGCCCUCUACUGCAACAGCACAGUGCCCUUCUGCACAAUCAAGGGAAUGGGAUGCGGGGACAUUUAUAAUUUUUCCGUUGAAGCCUCAAACGGGGUCUGCAACGGCUCGUUUAGUCCGCCUGUGCAGGCUGGAGCAGUUCCAUGCCCUCCGACUGUUUCUAAUGUCCGAAUGCAAAGGAUAGGCAAAGCUCACUGGGCCAUGAUAUCCUGGGACAGUGUCAAUUGUUCCGAUGUGGAGUACCUAGUGGAGAUGACCGGUCGAAUCAAUAACAACCCACAGACCCUGAUGCAGGUCUCCUCCUACUGGUUCUCCAGGACUUACUUUGAGUUGCCGAUACCCUGCAGCACAGCUUAUAACUUCACUCUACGUGCCAGGAACUCAGCCGGGGCCAGCAAGCCAUCCAGCACCUUCACUGGAGUCACUGUCCCCUGUGCUCCACAGAAAGUGAAAUACACUGGUGACAUGGUGUCUGCUGUGCUUUCCUGGGAGUCUUCAUUGUUUGCCACAAGUUACAGCGUCUACAGCGUGUCGGGGGCCACCGCAGUCAAGAUUUGCAACACCACGGGGCUCUCCUGCCAGCUGACCAACUUUAACCCCAACACCACUGAAGUGACCGCCAGCAACGCAGAGGGAGAAAGCAUCCCUAACCGAGAUAUCACAGGGGCGGUAGGUUCUCGCAGAAAAAGGGAUUUGCAAGGCAGUGUGAUCCAUGCCCAUUUAGAUAACAGUCUUGAAGUCCCAAAAGUGCUGACAGUAACAGUAAGUGGAGUUUCCUUGUACGUGAAGUGGCUGACCGUAAAGAAUGCAACAGAGUACACAGUCGUAUUGGAGGAGAAGACGACGCAGACCAAUCAGCUGCCGAUAAUGAGAACCGUGGAAGGCCAUUCCCACAAUGAGACGGACCUCAAGCCGUGGACCAAAUACUGCAUCAGGGUGGCAGCCAAAAACCCCAUCGACCAAAGCAACUACUCCAGGCCAAUGUGUAGAACCACGGGUGCUUUGUUAAGAAACACCACAGGUACACCUAAAUAAGGUGUGCAAAGAUUACAACUACAAAGCCGCAACGUUCUUCUGUUUGGAGUACUUCUUGCAUGCCACAAAUAAAUUAUGAUCAAUCCCGAACGUUUAGAUUUGAAAGCUAAUGACUCUUUGUUAGCAAUAGCAUACCUUUUAAUCAUUGAGGCUGGUAUCAUAGCAUCAUUGGGGCAUUAAUGAUGUUUAGUAAAGUAUUGCUUGCUUAGUAAAGUUCUAUUUAUCAAAACUGGUUUUAUUUUCAAAGUUAUUAUAUUCUCUGCAUGAUUGUUGAACUAAAGUAAGCAAAACUUGUAUUUUUCAAGCAACAUUUUCUUUAUGAUGUACUAUGACUUCUCAUUUUAUAAACACUAUGGUAAAUCUUUUGUAA